GCUCGUCGUGGAAGGUUCGUUGCGCGCGCGGAAAAUCUUGGGAAAUUCGAGGCGAAAUUCGCCAAAUAUUACGAGUGCGAAGUGCGAGUGCAUUUCCCCGGCCUGUGAACGCCGCCGGUGGCUAAAGUAUUGCGAAAUCUAAAAAUACAAAGCAAUAGAAACAGAGGCCAAUCGCUUGCAUAUCAAUUGUCUAGGAAUUGAGUACUGCUUACUGUGUGUUACAUGGUUAUGUCACGGAAAGUCACCGACUGAGUGCUCUCCUCGAGUAAAUACCCCUUCGAAGGCGGCGAAAUAUUGUCCGCAGAAAAAGAAAAAUUAGCAAAACUGCCGCAAAAGUGCUGCUGCCCACUCUCGCUGCCGGCUGCUUUCUGGCUCACGUUUACUACCACUUUUAUUGCUCACGCGUGUUUUUGGGGCCUUUUGUUUUGGUGCUUGUGUGUGCGCGAGUGUGCCAGCUGUGUGUGUUCCCCGCGUGUGCGUCUGUGUUAGCCGGCAAGUGCAGCUGUGAGUGUGUUGGUUGUUGGCCGCGAACAGCUGUUCCGCAGACAACAUGCAGAAAUAAGUAAAAUACAAAGAGAAAAUACAUCGAAUAAAAAAUAUACAAGAGAAAAUCAGAGCAAAUCGAGUUUCGCCGCAUCAUCGAGCAGUCAGCCCGUGCAGCAGAAUCCAUCCAUCCUCAUCCAUCGAAAAUGGCGGCCAGGAUGCAGAUGCUCCUGCUUUUGACCCUGCUCUGCGGCCUCUCAGCUGCCAAGCACCUGGGUGACCUGGAGGCUGGCGGCGGAGCAGUAGGUGGCCUCCACCACCACCAACACCAUCAGCACAGCGCCUCCACGCACCACCGGCGACGCCUGCAGCGGGACUCGCGGGCGAAGGACGCCACAUCGGCGUCGCUGGGAACGGCGCAUCAGUGCGAGGCCGUCAAGAGUUACUUCGAAUCAAUCGACAUCAAGUCGAGUGGAUUCCACAACGAGAAAGGCGCCAUUUGCGGUGGAAGCUGUUGCAACAACGCCACGGAGCUGGAGCUGCGCGACAAGGCCGCCGGGAAGUUUGAGCUGCUGCUGCACCACCACACGAGCAGCCUGCGGGGAGUGCUGGAGACGAACGUCAAGCAAUUCCAGAGUCACGUCAUGGAAUUGGCCCAGCAGUCGGAGAACAAUACGCAGUCGGUCUUCGCGACGAUCUACUACCGCAUGGUGCCCCGCGUCCGCCAGAUGAUUGGCCAUUUGUACACUGAAAUCAUGAACCACAUGAAUUACGCCUCGAACUACACGAACAGCAACGACCAGUUGGGCAGACGUAGCAUCGGGGGCGUCAGCAGUGUCCAGACCCACCUGGAGGAGGCGGUGCAUCGCUUCUUUGUCCAGCUGUUCCCUGUGGCCUACCACCAGAUGGUGCAUCUGAACAAUGACAAGUUGGGCGAGUUGCAUGAGGACUACAUCAACUGCCUACAGCACAACUACGACGAGCUGCGCCCCUUCAAGGACAUACCGCAACAGCUGCAGGCCAGCCUCGGCAAGAGCGUCCACAUGUCCAACGUCUUCAUGAACGCCCUGAUCCAGGCGGCCGAGGUCCUCUCCGAGGCAGACGGCCUCUAUGGCGAGCAGCUCACGAACUCCUGCAAGCUGCACCUCCUCAAGAUGUACUACUGCCCCAACUGCAACGGACACCACCCCCCGCCGGAGGCUAAGCUUUGCGACGGAUACUGCAAGAACGUGAUGCGUGGCUGCUCGGCGGAGUACGCUGGCCUGCUGGACAGUCCCUGGUCGAGUGUCGUGGAUGCCCUCAACAACCUGGUGACCACCCACAUUCUCUCGGACAACGGCAUCAUUAACGUCAUCAAGCAGCUGCAAUCGAAGCUCUCGGAUGCAAUAAUGGCAGCCAUGCACAAUGACUCCGAGUUGGAGCAAAAGGUGAAGAAGACAUGUGGAUCGCCCAGUCUGACGCCCUAUGCCACCGGAGAGCCGGAUGCUAAGCCUCUGGCGCACAAGAACGCUAUCAAGUACGCCACGCCCCCGGAUCCGGGCAUGGUCCGCUUCCUGUCCACCAUCGACCAGAGCAAGGAGUUCUACACGAACAUCGUGGACAACUUCUGCGACGAGCACCACUCCCGUGAGGAUCACUCCUGCUGGACAGGCGAUCGCUUCGGGGAGUACAACCAGCUGCUGAUCAACCCGGGCAUGGACACCCAGCGGUACAAUCCGGAGGUGCCCUUCAACUCCAUGACCCAGGCUAGCCAGCUGAACGAGCUGGUAGACAAGCUGAUCAAGAUCCGCCAGAGCAUUGGAGCAGCGCAGACACCCUCAAACAGCAUACAGUCGCACGAUAUUCAAAGCGACAUGGGCCACGAGGGAUCUGGGGGAGGCGAGGGCCAGAUCGGCGACGAUGAGGAGGAGUACGGUGGCGCCCAUGGCUCCGGCGAUGGUUCAGGCGACGGCCCCGACGUUACCUUCAAUGGCAGCCCGCCAAUCACCGAACAGGAGCCACGCGACAACGGCAAGGCCAGUGGGUCCAACCCACUGGCGGCCACCACGGCGACGUGGAUGCUCCUCACUCUAGUCACAAUGCUCCUCAGUAGUUGUAGUUAAGGAUGCUGCCCCCAGGGUCGAGGGAUGUAGUAAACACACACACAGGACCCCGCUGCGAGGGCGAAUGCGAUAGCGACAGCGAGGGGAGGCCGGAAGCCUCGAGAGAAACAGCAGAUGCACAAGAAUCGAGUUAAAUCAUUAAUUAAUAACUAUUAUCAUUAUUAUUAUUAUUAUUUGUGUAAUUCUUAAGUUGUUACAAGUAAUUUAUUAGGCCCUAAGCGCAUUCAUCUCUAGCAAUCGACUAACAACUUACACACCAGAAGCGAAAGCGAACCCACUUUCCCUUCUAGCUUUUCCAAAUUCAGAGCUCAUCGAAUUUCCAUGCCGAGUCCAACUAGACUUAUGUGCCAUAUAGAUGUGUUGGGCUCUGCGUACACAAAACCAGAGAGUAAUUGCGAAAUACACAACUAGACGAAGUUAGGCUCAAACUCAGCAGAACCCCGUCGUCCUCCCAUAGCAUAGCAAAGAGUGUGCGAGCAGUUUGUUCAGAUAAAUGUUAAUAUAUAUAACAGUACCGUACGUAAAGCUCAAUGUUCAAAGCAAGUUGUUCCUUUUCGGUGUUCGAGUAAUUAGGCGAGUAAGCUCUGGGUAAACAGAAAGUUAGAAGCUAUGGCACCACAUUCAAUGGAUUCAACGGUUCUCUCGACGCGAUCCAAUCACCAAUAUUAUACGAAUAAUACGUACAACGGAUAUGUAGAUCUGUUAGCUAUAGAUCAGUGGAUGUUAAAACUAUACGAACUGAGCGAACGAACGAUCCAUUGGGAAAUCGAAACGAAAUGCAUACGAAUGGAAUUUAGUUGAGGAAACGCACUUUAUGGAAAAACUAGAAGACUUACAGCUUUAUACGCAAAACAGAAACAGAAACAGAAACGGAAACGGAAGACGAUGAAAUCUAUUGAUAUAUACGUAUAUUAUAUGUAGCAUUAUUUAAAUUAUAUAUAUGAACAAAGAGAGAAGACCUGGAGGUAAUGUCAUUCAAUGCAUUCAGCUAAUUAGAGUUUAUGGAAGUUCAACGAGUUUGCAUGCGAAAAUUUACAAGAAAAACUGCGGGAGUUCAGCGCACAAUUUCGCAAUUCGCAAUCUGCAAUUCGAAAUCGAAACUAUUGUUGCAAUCUAACGGAUACUUUACAGUGGGCAGAGCGCUGCUUAAUCAAAUCCAGAGAGCAGCGCUGGCGACACUCUAAAACACAAACAAAUAUAUAGUUUAUACACAAAUGAAUAUGAAAUAUGCAUUGAUACGGCGAUAAGAAUGAAAUCUAUAUAUAUACAUAUAUACAUAAAUGAAUUAACUAAUUAAAUCGUAAUUAUAUGCUAGUGCGUAAACUGUAACGAUUAGCCCGUAAAAAAGUGUAAAAAGCAAGCAGUUGACCGAGAACAGCAAAUUUAGUUAGUAGCAAAUUAACAAAGGAGACGCCAACGACCGCCGCACACUUUCCUGUAUAUAUCGCUAUACUUAUUGGGCCGAUCGGACCGGAUCGUAGCUGGGCAGGUGUGUGUGCACGCGGGUGGCGAACUAUGUAUAAUUAUUAUUUGUACUAUUAUUAUUUAACUAUUGCAUGUGAUUAAUAAUAUUUAAGUUAAACGUAAAGCGCAGCAUAUUAAAUUGUAACUUAUGUAUACCGCAAACAAAAACAACAACAGCAGCAAUGUGCGGGGGGAAAUCAUCAUUGUAAAUCUAUUCGGAGAUAACCAAUGCGAGAAAUCAGCAAGAAUUGCACUAAAAAUAAAUGUACUACUUUUAGAUGCCUAAAAACCAAUAAAUAAUUAUGUAACAAGAACAAGCGAGUCCAGCAAGUUUAUUGAGCCAGAGAGAGAGAGCGCGCGACGCAAUAAUACUAUGAGUAAUUGAGUGUAACGGCCGCAAAAACCGUAAACUUUUGUAAAUUUCAUUUAAAACCUGAAUAAACGUC